AUGGAAUACUUACAAGAAUUAAACCCCCAACAAAAAAAAGCAGUUUUAGAAGAACAUAAAUUAAUUUGCGUGAUUGCGGGACCUGGUUGCGGAAAAACUAAAACUUUGAUUAGUCGAAUUAUUCAUUUAUUAACUACCAAGAAAAUUGAACCCCGGCAAAUUUUAGUUUUGACUUUUGCCAAAAAAGCCAUUAAAGAAAUCAAAAAAAGAAUUUAUCCCUACACCAGUCCAGCCCAAAAAUCAGAAUUGAAUAUUUAUAACUUUCAUUCAUUUUGUUAUUCUCUUUUAAGCAAACACGCUUCUUUAUUAGGUUUUCCCGAAAACAAAUUUCCGGUUUAUGACCGCCACGACCAAGAAAAUAUUAUCAAAAAAAUAGUCUAUGACCUUAAUUAUAAUGCGGAAAAAAAAGAAAUUGGCACCAUUCUUUCCUUAAUUGGUCGCUGGAAAAAUAGUUUUGGGGUUGACCCGUUAAACUUAACGGAAGUUGACCGCCCAAGAUACCAAAUUUACCAAGAGUACCAAAAAUACUUACAAGAAAAUCAAGCCUUGGACUUUAAUGACUUGCUAAUUUAUACUAUUAAACUUUUUCGUCUCCACCCCGAAAUAAAAAGCGAAUACCAAAAGCAAUUUGUCCACAUUUUAAUUGAUGAGUUCCAAGACGUUAAUGAUAUUCAGGAAAAAUGUCAAUUCAAUGAUAUUGCUUUCCUUUACCGGAAUAAUUAUCUUUCCAUGCGGAUUGAACAAGAAUUAAUCGCCCAAAAAAUCCCUUACGAAAUUCUCGGGGCUUUUAAAUUUAUUGAAAGAGGAGAAAUUAAAGAUGUUUUGGCUUUUUUGCGGACUAUUCUUUACCAAGAUAACCUUUCCUUAUUGCGAGUUUUAAAUCUAAUGGAUGGCAUCGGUGCUCGCACUAUUGAGAAAAUUGAAAUCAACAGCCAAAAACAAGGAGAAGGCAUUUAUCACUAUUUAAAUAAUUAUCAAAAUAUUGUCAGCCUUUCCCUGGCAGGAAAUGAAGAAAACGCGACCACGGAACAACUGAAACUUAGCCCGAAACAGACAGCUAAAAUUUGUGAAUUUGGUUACCGAGUUUAUCCUUAUGCAGGAAUAAUUAACAAUCAAUUAAUAAAUGAAAUCCACAUUGAUCCUCAUUACGAAGAAGAGCAUGGUAGUUAUAUGACUGAUGAAGUUAUUUAUAAUUUUGCUUUACGCUUGCGGUUAAAUGAUGGCGACUUCGAACCCGAAGAGAAAGAAGCAAGAGAUAAGGAAAUAUUAGAUAAAUUAACUGACCCUAAUUAUCAAGGGGGUUCAUGGGGUUUGCCAGAAAAUCCUAUUCCUUUGGAAAAAAUUAAAUACAAGAUUUGCCAGAGAAUUAUUCGUUGCAAAAGAGAAAAUAAGUUAACCGCAAAGGAUAUUGCCGAGCAAAUUGAGAUAAGCACAGCCGAAACCCAAGAUAUUUUGCAUUACCGUUUAAAUAAGUUCACUUUGGAUAGUUUAGUAAUUUACUUGGAAAAACUAACUCCUUACUGA